CUGGAUCCUCUGGAACAAGCCAAGCUGGACCUGACGUCUGCAUAUAGCCUCAACUCUCUUUUCUGGAGUAAGUGUGCUAUAUUUGUCUGCACGCAAAGCCAGGUUAAUGUUGUAAAAUUCUAUCUAGUCUGCUUGAAAAAAAAUGUAUGUAAAGAUGAUUACAUGACUGUCACCACAACACUCCCCAUGCUAAAUUAGUAUCAUUCUUGUUUUGUUGUUUUAAAGCGUACUUGGUCACACAAGGAAUAAACCCCAAACAAUCAAGCAAGAGUUGGUAAGAUAUUUUCAUUUUUACCCUGAAGAGAAUUCCACUCAUGAAGUUUUUUCCGGAUAUCCAGAUAGUCGUCUUAAGUGCCGCUUGCUUGCAGCAGUGCGAUGGGCAGAGGCUGGUGAGUUUUACACGGGGGGGGGAGAGAGAGAGAGAGAGAGAGCCAUACAGACUCACGCUAGUUAGACAAAGUUGUAGAUUCCACAGGUUAUCUCCGGGCCCUUUUUAUUGAGGAGCAUCAGCCUAGAAAAAUUAAGGAUUUAUUACCUCAAAUAUUUGUAAUUGUGCUCCUACAUUUCUCUGUGUGCGCCUACAUUUUUCAACUUGGGUGCACACGUGAGCGUAGAGCCCUGUAUCUAUCAUCUCAUCUGGUAGUGCCUGUCUUGACUGCAUCAAAUUGAUGUAAAGAAUAUAGCCAGCUACGUUAGCCAGCUAGCUAGCGACCGAGGCUAAUUGAGGCUGUUUUCCUACUCUCCUUGUCCUUGUCUACAACAACUCCGUUCAGAUGAAACGGCAGCCUACCGGAUGGUUGCUCGUCAUGGCAGCCUGCUCCUUCUCAUUUAACUAACUUCAUUACGUAAUUUUAUUUCCAUUUUGCGUUGAUUAGAGAUCUCCCACGUUGCUGAGCCACUGACUGUAGAAAGUGCCACUUUGAUUGGACUUUUUAUGGGGCGCAUGUAAUUAAAACUACACUGAUAAUUGAAUUAAGAAUUUUAAAUGUCAUGGUAUAUCCAUGUGUGUAGCAAUGUCACAUAGAUAAUUGUAUUUAUUUUAGACAAAGCGUUAAAAUAGGCCUAUGAUUAAAAAAAGAACAAAGAAUACUAACGUCUGUUCGAAUAACCGUGCCCAUCCCUGCUGCUAAGUGACAUAUGUAAUAUUUUUUUAAUCAUAAGGUUAUUUCUAAGUGCUUUAUUUUCUUGUCACCUGACUGUAGGAGAGGAUCAGGACGGAUAUGAACCGUGUGAAGGAGAUCACUGACAGGAGGAAAGUGGCCAGUCUGGACAAAGCAGCAGCGUCUCGCUUCCUCAGGAACGCCCUGUGGGAACCUGAGGAGGGGGGGGGGGGGGGGUCAAAGGGCACGCCAGGUCGUGCCCACCAGCACACACCAGGUCGGGGCAAGUACACACCAGGUCGGGGCAAGUACACACCAGGUCGGGGCAAGUACACACCAGGUCGGGGCAAGCACACACCAGGUCGGGGCAAGUACAAACGCUUUGAUGGCCAUCAGUCAAAAGGACCCAAACUCAGCUGA